CCAGUCACAGGCAUUUGUUUUUAGAUACGGUUUCCUCAUCCGCCUGGUAACUGCUGAUCCUCCGCGAAUUCUUUUUUUUUAUUGGCUGGUCGUCGGAAGUGUUUGUUUUCCUAAGCUUUUUUAACGCUCGUACAUGGAGAUGUUUCUCCUCCUCAUUGUGUUUGUCCCGUUCAUGCCUGAGGCCUAUUCUGACAGUCACUCUCUGCGCUAUUGUUCCCUUGGGGUCUCAGCCCCAGGAUCCGGCCUGCCUGAAUUCACCACAAUUGUAUAUGUAGAUGAUAUACAGACUGAGUUAUAUACCAGUGACAUUAGGAGACGUGUCCCUGUGGCUUCAUGGAUGAAGGAGAAAGAGAGUCCACAGUAUUGGGAAAUGGCAACCCAGAUCAAUAAAGGAACUGAGGCCUUAUUCAGACAUGAGGUGAAGAUAGUGAUGAAGCGGUUCAACCACACGGGAGGUUUCCAUUUUGCGCAGGUGAUACAUGGUUGUGAGCUGCGAGAUGACGGCAGCACCGUAGGGUUCCAACAGCACAGAUAUGACGGGAGAGAAUACAUGUACUUGGACGUACAGACAGCAACAUUUGUCCCUACGAUGGCUGAGGCUCAGAUCACCGUACAGAGAUGGAACAGUCCGGAUGCAAGGAGGGGGGAGAUGGAGAAGGAUAAUCUGGAGAAUAAAUGUAUUGGGAAACUGAAGAGAUUCCUUGAGCACGGAAGAGCAGAUCUGGAGAGGAGAGUCCGGCCCGGGGUGAAGGUCACACAUCGCGAAUCAGGAAAAGUCACAAAGCUUCACUGUCUGGUGUAUGGAUUUCACCCCCGAGCUGUGGAUGUGAAGUGGAUGAAGAACCAGAUAGAUGAUGUUCCUUCCUAUGAGACCACAGGUGUCCUCCCCAAUCCUGACGGCUCCUAUCAGAUCCGGGUCAGUGCGGAGGUGAUCCCCAAAGAGGGCGACAGCUACUCCUGUUAUGUGGAUCACAGCAGCCUGGGGGAGCUGCUCCUUGUGAGAUGGGAACCAGAACAGGACUCCCCUCGGGCUGUGAUCAUCGGUGCGGCGGUCAUUGUACUUGUUCUCACAUCCGUUGUUGUAGGAGUCUUUAUAUACAGAAAGCUGAAGGACCCUUACAUGGCGGCCGCCAAUGAAGAGAUGAGAGAUGCUGAAGAACGUCCGGUGACAUGAGCCGCACACUUUCUUUUUUUUUUUUUUUAACCCACUGAUCUUCCGUUAUUUAAUGCUUUGUUAUUUAUUUGAAAUGUAUCCCUAUCAGUAGAGUCACAGAUCUGUUAUACAGAUCCAUAAAACUUCUGGGCUGAUACUUCAUUCCAUGCUGUAUUACUCCAUAUUCUCUCCUUGAAAGGAGAUCUCUCUGUCAUGUUCCUGGAGGCAAUCCAUGACUAUACGACCCUUGUGGAUGGUUCAUUGUCCUACAGACAGUCUCCUUCUAUCAUAAGGGAAACAUCUGACAUGAACGGAUGAAUGUGGUCACCAUAAUGCUUAGAUAUGUCCUUCUGUCCAAAGGUCCAUCCACGGAUAUCAGAGGAGCCCGGGUGCACCAGGAAAACAUUCCUUCCACCAUUUCACCAAGACUUUGGGGUUAGUUCCUCUGUAGGUUCUGCCCAUGGUAGUUUAUUAGGACACAGAGGUUUCAAUAAAAAAUGGCUGGAAAUGGAUGACCGUCCCAGAGAAGAGACGUCACUGAUGUGUCAUCUGUCUAAACCAAUGAGAUUUCAUGUUACAAACUCUAAUAUAUUGUUGUCUUUUCUAGAAAUGUAAUAGUGACAUUAACUUUGCUGCUUCUUAUCAAGGUGUUGGGAGAUAAAGAUUCUGUAAUAAUAACCUGAUAGGGGUCGUAGUCCUAACAACAUCUCCUCACCACUACACAAUGUUACUUGGGUACUGCCCAUGUCUGUACAUUAUACCCGUCAGUGCCCUUUAUAUCUCUGUACAUUAUACCAGUCAGUGUCCUUUAUAUCUCUGUACAUUAUACCAGUCAGUGUCCUUUAUAUCUCUGUACAUUAUACCAGUCAGUGUCCUUUAUAUCUCUGUACAUUAUACCUGUCAGUGUCCUUUAUAUCUCUGUACAUUAUACCAGUCAGUGUCCUUUAUAUCUCUGUACAUUAUACCAGUCAGUGUCCUUUAUAUCUCUGUACAUUAUACCAGUCAGUGCCCUUUAUAUCUCUGUACAUUAUACCAGUCAGUGUCCUUUAUAUCUCUGUACAUUAUACCAGUCAGUGCCCUUUAUAUCUCUGUACAUUAUACCAGUCAGUGCCCUUUAUAUCUCUGUACAUUAUACCAGUCAGUGUCCUUUAUAUCUCUGUAUAUUAUACAAGUCAGUGCCCUUUAUAUCUCUGUAUAUUAUACCAGUCAGUGCCCUUUAUAUCUUCACCUCUAUAGAGGAGAUGAAUGUCCGGCCUAUUUACUAUUAGUUAUAGAGCAUCUGUCUCCUCACGCUGGAAUCUCAGCUUGAGAUAAGUCAGAUCACAUUGACCGGUAAUGAUUCUCAUGGAUGUAUAGAAGAUUUCUGUGUAUUCUACAAGAUAGAAUGGCACAGUGUGUUAUGUAGCUAUAAUGGCCAGAAUAUAUUCAUAUAUCUUAUGGCCAGAAGUGGGAACAGAGCCUUGAAUGUCUUUUGCAAGGACCUAAAGAUAGAGUUGUUCUAUAGUUUUUAUACCAGGUACCUGAAUUCCUGACUAGAGUGUACACAGGAACAGGAAGUCCAUUACAGGAUGUACACAGGAACAGGAAGUCCAUUACAGGAUAUACACAGGAACAGGAAGUCCAUUACAGGAUAUACACAGGAACAGGAAGUCCAUUACAGGAUAUACACAGGAACAGGAAGUCCAUUACAGGAUGUACACAAGAACAGGAAGUCCAUUACAGGAUGUACACAAGAACAGGAAGUCCAUUACAGGAUGUACACAGGAACAGGAAGUCCAUUACAGGAUGUACACAGGAACAGGAAGUCCAUUGAUGUGAUUGAUCUGACAUCUGUGAGUAGAUGUGACCUGUGAAUAAAUUGUAAUGUACGGUAGAUAGACAUUGCUGAUAUGUGGCGCAUCCGUUAUUUCACAAAUCUGAUCUAUUAUAUGUCAUUCUUUUAAAAUAAAGUUUAUACAGAUUGU